AUGCGCGCGCUCGCCGCACUCGUGGUGGCCUGCAGUGGGGGAGCUCGCGCCCUCCCGCCCGAACGUCUCACACCGCGCAACUACACCCCGGCGCGGACGCUGCACUGCUCCGACGGGCUGAUGCUGCCCGCGUGGCAACCCCUCGACGACGUACCGACCCUCGAUAUCGCUCUCCGCGGUCUGGUAUACUUCUUCGCGCUCCUUUACCUCUUCAUAGGCGUCUCUAUCGUCUCCGACCGGUUCAUGGCCGCGAUAGAAGUUAUCACGUCUAGGGAGAAGGAGGUGCGCGUGCGACGGAAUGGCAGCGAACAGAUUAUUGUAGUGCGAGUUUGGAAUGAAACCGUUGCCAACUUGACGCUAAUGGCACUAGGCUCGAGCGCGCCUGAAAUCCUGCUCUCCGUGAUAGAGAUCGCCGGCAAGAAUUUCGAGGCGGGUGACUUGGGACCCGGGACUAUAGUUGGCUCCGCCGCGUACAACUUGUUCGUCAUCAUAGCUAUCUGUGUAAUGGUAAUUCCCGAUGGGGAGGUGCGUAAAAUAAAACAUCUCAGGGUGUUCUUAGUGACCGCAACUUGGUCUAUUUUCGCUUAUGUGUGGCUCUACCUUAUUCUAGCCGUAAUUUCCCCUAGUGAAGUUGAAGUGUGGGAAGGCGCUGUGACUUUCUUGUUCUUUCCUGCUACAGUAAUGACGGCAUAUAUAGCAGACAGACGCCUUUUAGUUUACAAAUAUCUCAAAAAAGGUUAUAGGGUUAAUGAAAGAGGUGUCAUUGUAGAGGCAGAGGGCGAUGGGUCGGUCGAAAUGGCCUUAAAACCUGGUGAUGACUUUGCCACUGACGAUGAAGAAGGUCGCGAAUUAGAUAAGUCUCGUAGAGAAUACAUUUCCGUUCUUCGCGAAUUGAGAAGGCAGCAUCCAGAUGAAGACUUGGAAACUGUAGAACGAAUGGCGUUGGAGACCUUGAUGGCCCGCGGGCCAAAGUCUAGAGCUUUUUACAGAGUGGCUGCGACUCGCAAAAUGACAGGUGGCGGUGAUUUCUCUCGCAAGAUAUCUGAAAGAGCUCAAAGCGAUCUUAGUGAAGUCAAAGCAGAAAUACAGCGUCGAGAAUCAGGCUCUGUAUCGCCAGAACCAAAGGGGCCAAACGUGCGGUUUGAUCCAGAUCACUACACGGUUAUGGAGAACUGUGGAUCGUUCGAGGCGAGAGUUAUACGACGUGGUGAUUUAGCUGGUGAGGUAACUGUACGAUAUACGACAGAAGAUGGAACCGCAGAAGCUGGGUCUGAUUAUAUCGCGGCUCAAGGCGUUUUAAUAUUCGGCCACGGUGAGUCCGAAAAAACAUUUAGUGUCGAAGUCAUUGAUGACGAUGUAUUUGAAGAAGAUGAGCACUUUUUUCUGCGUUUGAGCUCACCGAAGGGAGCAUGCUUGGCGUCUCCUUCGACUGCGACUGUGGUGAUUUUAGAUGAUGAUCAUUCCGGUGUGUUUUCUUUCCCCCAGAGGGACUUCGAACUGACCGAAUCGGUAGGGACAUACGACCUGCGUGUGGUUCGAACAGCGGGCGCUAGGGGCAAGGUGAAGGUGCCCUACUGGACGGAGGAUGGCACGGCCAAGAGCGGCGCUCAGUACGAGCCAGCACAGGGGUUUAUCAUUUUCGAGAACAACGAAACAGAAAAAUUCAUUCCACUCCACAUAAUCGAAGAAGACAGUUACGAGAAAGACGUCCUAUUUUACGUCAACCUAGGCGACCCGGAGCUGAUGGGCGAUACACAACGUUCUGCGCGUCACAACGAAGCCGAGCACCUGGUGACUCUGCCUGAAGAUGAGGCGGUCGUCGCCAUGAUGGGUUUACCCCGCGCUGGUGAAAUAACAAGAGCUCAACUGAGAGUUAAAGAGAGUAAAGAAUUUAAGAAUACAGUAGAUAAAUUAGUACAAAGAGCAAACGCCUCAAUCAUAAUAGGUACUUCAUCGUGGAAAGAGCAAUUUACAGAAGCGAUAACAGCUAGCUCAGGCUCAGAUGAUCCCGACGAGCCUACUUCCUGGUCGGAUUAUGUUCUUCAUAUCAUCACAUUGUUUUGGAAAAUCAUUUUUGCGUUUGUACCUCCUACGGAUAUUGGCGGAGGUUACGUAUGUUUUGUGGUGUCCAUCAUUUGCAUUGGACUUGUGACGGCGGUAAUCGGUGACGUGGCGUCGCACUUCGGUUGUACUUUGGGUAUCAAGGACUCAGUUACUGCUAUAGUUUUUGUUGCUCUGGGAACUAGUAUACCAGAUACAUUCGCCAGUAAAGUAGCAGCCAUCCAAGACAAAACAGCAGACGCAUCUGUGGGCAACGUGACGGGUUCCAACGCUGUUAAUGUGUUCCUCGGUAUUGGAGUCGCGUGGACUGUCGCCGCCAUCGUCCAUUGGACACGCAACGAGAAAUUCCACGUCGAACCCGGAAAUCUUGCGUUUAGUGUAACGAUGUUCUGCUCUGAAGCUGCACUUGUAGUUAUAGUGCUGAUUUUGAGACGGAGAAAAUCUAUCGGAGGAGAGCUCGGUGGACCUCGCUGCAUGAAGGUCACCACUUCUAUCUUCUUCUUCUCUUUAUGGUUGAUCUACCUCGUCUUAUCCGGAUUAGAAGCUUAUGAUGUUAUUCAAGGUUUUUAA